UUUCCCCGAUGAGCACUUUUAACAAAUGACAUGCCUUUUCAGCCUCAAGAAAUACACUUUUAAGACCAAGUAAUCAACAAUGGAUCAAGAAAUUGUGACGGAAUGAAUGAUAUUUUACGUUUCCACGGAGAAACCAGUCACUGUGCCUAAAGGAAUUGUAUUGAACUGAAAAUGUCACAUACGAAAAGAGCAUGGAAACUCCAGGAGUUUGUAGCACAUGCUGCCAAUGUAAACUGCCUUGCUAUAGGACACAAGUCUGGGCGGGUAAUGGUGACCGGAGGAGAAGACCGGAAGGUCAACUUGUGGGCUGUAGGCAAGCCCAACUGUAUUAUGAGUCUAACAGGGCACACGACUCCAGUGGAGGCUGUACGCUUUGGCCACGAGGAGGAAAUCGUUGUAGCAGGAUCUGUUUCUGGAGCUCUUAAAAUAUGGAAUCUAGAGGAAGCAAAAAUCAUGAGAACACUUACUGGUCACAAUGCAAGCAUUAGGAGUCUUGAUUUCCAUCCAUUUGGAGACUAUGCUGCUUCAGGAUCUAUGGACUGUAAUAUAAAGCUAUGGGAUAUACGACGAAAGGGCUGCAUCUACACAUACAAGGGCCACACUAGCAGUGUGAACUGUGUACGCUUCAGUCCUGAUGGCAAGUGGAUAGCAUCAGCCAGUGAUGAUGGAUUAGUUAAGAUGUGGGACAUCACAGCUGGUAGAAUGCUUACAGAGCUUACAGAACACACAGGACCAGUGAAUGUGGUAGAGUUCCACCCCAAUGAACUGUUGAUUGCCUCAGGCAGCUCUGAUAGAACUGUAAAAUUCUGGGACCUAGAGACAUUUAAGAUGGUAUCUACAACAGACGGAGAUUCCUCCCCUGUCAGACGGAUAUUUUUCCAUCCAGAAGGACAAUGUAUGUUCAGUGGGGGUCGUGACGUAAUGAAGGUUUAUGGCUGGGAACCUGCAAAGUGCUACGACUCUAUUCCAAUGAGUUGGGGUGAAGUUGCUGAUAUUGGCUUAGCUCAGAACCAGCUCAUUUGUGCUGCUUUCAGUAAGACAAACGUGUCAAGUUUUGUAGUAGACUUACAGAGAGUGAAACCAUGUGGCACUGUACCUCACUCGGAUGGCCCGCCCAGUCCUUCUGUAGGUGUGGCACCUCACAAUAUGUCUAACAGCAGUAGUGGAAGGAGGAGUUUUAUCACAGAGAGACCUCCCACUACAUCAACUAGACAGGCAAGUGUACCUAAGGAAGAGGCUGAGGAGCCAACACAUGACAAGGAUGACAUGUCAGAUGAAUCUGCAGCAGACAUACAGAGCCCCGCAGUCUACAAUAACAUAUUCCGACCAAAAUCAAAGCUCUCGCGCUCUCCAACUAGACAGUCACCAUUUAUGCCACCUCCUGAGGAUGGCCAGUCCGAGAUAUUCCCUGUACAUCAGCCAGCCUCGACACCAGCCCCUGUCACACAGCGAACAAAGUCAGUCACCAAGACAGCCAGCAAACCCAGUGUACCCCCAGUCUCCAAAACACCUAGUGCAACUCCAGUUGUAAAAGCAGUCUCAAACCCUACCCCGAAACCUAACUCGACACCAGCUCCGCCACCUAAAGAACCAGAUCCUAUAGCUGGAAUCGCUGCAGAGGACUUUUUACCUAAAAGUGCUUAUGGGGGCUCAACGCCAAGUGGAGAACCAAAUGAGGAGGAGGUUCUCAGUGCUGUCCUCAAAGGACAUGGUGCAAUGGCUCAAGUAAUGUCUGGUCGCAGUAAAAACAUACAGAUUGUCCGAGCUAUGUGGACCAGUGGAAAUACCAAGACUGCUGUAGACUCGGCCAUUAGUAUGAAUGACCAAGCUGUAUUAGUAGAUUUACUUAAUGUUCUUAACCUCAAAUCGGGACUGUGGAGUUUAGAACUAUGUGCUACGUUAUUGCCUCUUGUCAAAGAUCUGCUGCAGAGUAAAUAUGACAGUUAUGUUAUGACAGCCUGUAAUGCCUUGAAAAUUAUCCUAAGAAACUUUGGGCCUGUGAUAAAAUCGAAUCUGACCGCUCCCCCAUCUGUGGGCGUGGAUAUCUCGCGGGAAGAGAGGUAUCGGAAGUGUAACAAAGCUUAUAGUGUUAUUUUACAAAUAAGAAGUGACAUGGACAAAAGACAAAACCUUCAGGGAAACGUCGGUACCAUAUUCCGUGAACUACAAAUUCUCAUGAACAACUUGGAAUAGACCUCUGGCAAAGCAUUCUUGAGCUGUGAAAUUUACAAACUCUGUCUCAGCACAAACAUGUCAAUUAAUGUAAUGCAAAAUUUGUGAGACCUCCAGGAGUAGUGCUAAAUUCCAAGAUUGUGCUACGGUGAACAAUUAAAUACAUAUACCAUACCGUUAUAGUGCUAGGAUAUUUAUGUUGUGGUACAUUAAAAGAAGGGGAGACAAUUCUUCAGAAAUGAAUUCCAUACAGGAGGCAUAAGAUGCAUUUUACAAAUUACAAGCUAUGUGGACAAAUGACAAAACAUUGAUGGAAAAGUCAGCAUCAAAUUCCAUAAACUUCAAAUUCUCAUGAGCAAUUUUUAUUACACCUCCAGCAAAUUAUACUAAUUUAAAUUCACAAACACUGUCUCGGUGCAGAUAUGUCAAUUAAUGCAAAAUUUGUGAGACCUCCUGGAGCAGUGCUAAAUUCCAAAAUUGUGCUACUGUGGACUAUUUACUGCCAUAUUCAAUACCUUAUAGUGCUAAGAUGUAUGUUGUGGAAUAUUGACAGGAAGGAGACCGAUCUCUGUAUAUAAAUUCCACACCAGAGGUGUAAGGGGAAAGAAAGCAUCAGAGACUGUCCAACCAGCCUGGUGUUGUACCCCCUAUUUGUGAUAUGUACAGUAUUCAUUGUCCAGCAUUGAGGAGGACUACAUGAUUGAAACAGUCUUUGAGACAUGCAUUGUGAUUGGCUGUACUACGUGUAUUCAGACAGUCAAGAGAUGCAUUGUGAUUGGUCAGUACUACGUGUAUUGAGACGGUCUUUAAAAGAUGCAUUGUGAUUGGUCAGUACUAUGUGUACUGAGAUGGUCUUUAAAGUUUAGAAGAUGCAUUGUGAUUGGUCAGUACUGUGUUUUACUUGUGAUAAGCCCAGGUGACCUAGUUUUUAUAUAACAGAUUAAUACUAGUGCUGGGCCAAUUCCUACUUAUGACCCGAUAUGCUGGAAAAGCUUUUUCUCAGAUGUGAUCUUAAUCAUAAAUCUGUUUCAUGAUUGGGUUGGGCUUAUCAUGGGUGAGACACAGUAGCUUAUCAAGCUGUACAUGUAAGAGUACAUGUCAAGAUUUAUAGAAUGAUUGGAAAUUCUAGUAUACAGGACUACCUAGAGUGACCAGCCUUAACUAACUUUGCCCUUAUAGCAAUAAAUGUUGGAGAUGGCCUAGUAACGGUUGUGUGUUAAGUGUGUCUGUUUGUGGUACGGUGCUUAUCUACGUGUGCAAGCAUGCUCAGGAUGUCUUAGCUGGAAAUUUCAAACCUUGUUUUCUGCCUGGGAUCAUUGGUUCAACUUUUACACAACCAACUGACUGUUAAGAGACUAUUGGGGUAGGACAGCCCCAGAGACUACUGGGGUAGGAGAGCCCUGUAGUGAUUCUCUCUAAAACAAAAAUUAUCAUAUCUUCUGUGUCUCUAUUUAAAUGAAAGUGAGAGAUAUUGUAUCCCUACAGGUACCAGUUCUUCUGUUUCUUCUGGUUCAGAUAAUUUCCUCUAGUUAUCAUAACUUCUUUUCUUGACCUCAACUUUUAUGCCAAUAAAUUACAUGCACCCAGCUGCAGGAGUAUAUAUAAUGCAGAUGCCGUAAAGUUUAUUGAAUCGUUAGAUCAGUAUAUUAUGGAGGUAUCUUGAUAAACACUUGUAUACCUGCCUCACCUACAGUAGGUGUGCAGUGCACUGUAUUAAGGUCAUGGUGACCUUUGCCUUUAGGUUAGAGGUCAAAUAAGUGCAAACUUUUGUGAAUUUUGACGUGUCUGUUUGAAGAUACCUUGAUGGUGAGCAGUGCACUUUAUUUAGGUCUACUUAUGGUAUUGAUCAUAAAUUGUUCUUGUCAGAAUUUAGGUGUGAUUUGCUAUCACAUGUACAUAGGUAUACUCCAGACAGAUUCAGGGUAUUAGAAUUUAGGUGUGAUUUGCCAUCACAUGUACAUAGGUAACUCCAGACAGAUUCAGGUCAACAUGUUAUUAUUUCCUUACAAACACAUCUAAAUUAUCACUAUUUUAGCUUUUCUAGCAAUAAAUGAAUACUUCCAUGGAUAUUUUCCUGAUGUUACUAUUGUCCAUGCAUUAGCAAUAUAUCAGAAGUUUCACAAAGCUAUAUUGUUGAGUGGGAUUUUUUUUAUGCUCAGUUGCUUUGUUUUUUCAGAAUACUUUUGCAUUUGCAAAUACUGCCGGAAACUUCAUUGUUGAUUUUUUUUUAUAAAAAUACAUUUGUAUAAAACCAAACUUCAUAGGCGGGCGGUUGAUUGCAGAGUGUGCCUUUUACUUCUAUAGAAUCAAUUAUUUAUACUGGUAUGCUGCAUUGUGACCAAGGUUAAGGGUCAAUAUUUAUAAUAAGUGAAGUUUUAAGUUAAGUAUUUUACAAGUUAUCAAGUAUUAUUAUUAAAUACAAAUAUAUUAGUAAAAACUACAUGAAUUAGGUGACAUGACGACACAAAUUGAAUGCCUUCUCCCUAUCCUGUUCUUCCUUAAUAACGAGGUUGUUGUUUGCAUUGGGCUUCGAACAAUGAUUCAGUUAAUUAUUAAUUAUAAAUUAGUAUGUUAAUGUGUUAUAUAACUGGUUGUGAAAUGUAACAGUUAGGUAACAUGUCAGGAAAUGAAAUAAUUUUUAAGAACGUACAAUUGAUACAUUUGCUUAAAGGAUUGUUCAUUGUAGUAUACAUUACUUAUGUAAUCUAUAUAAGCAUUAUACAGGUGGUUGGAAAAAAAGCAAUCUCUUAUUUUAUUCAAAAUUUAAAUUGGUUUUAUUUCAUAAUAUUUCCAAGAAGUAAUGCUAAAGAAAUGUUUGAAUCAAAGAAUGAGAGAUUGUAUUUAUACUAUAAGGGUUUAACAGUGCUUGGAAGACAAACCUGUAAUGGUCCUUUAUACAGUGUACUGAAUUUAACAGUGCUAGGAUCUUUACUUUAGUAACUGUUAUUUAAAAAAAUUGUUUACAAUAUAUAUAAUAUGUAUUAGGUCAAAUUAAAAAAAACGUAUUUAUAAUAUAUAAUGUGUAUUAGGUCAUUAGGUCAAAUUAAAAAUGUAAUGUACUAUGAUUGUAUACAGAUGGGAUCAUUUUAAAGUUAUAGAGUGUAUGUAUUAUAAUAUGACUGAGUGAGGAUCUAUUUAUAAAUGUAAAUGAAGUACAAUAAUGUACAAUAAAAUAACUCAACCUAGGUAUUUGAAGUCAUCUGCUCAUUUCUACAUUUUUCUGAAAUUGACACUAUUGAUGUUCAUGCCAAAUCCUGAUUUGUUUAUAAACUGUUAUAUGCUUAAAGUAAGAUUGUGUAAUUCUAAGUUUUCCCAAAUUCUGUUGCCAAUCUAUUUAUUCUAAACUGAUGCUUAUCUCUCAAAUUUGUUUUGUUUUUUCUUUGUUAUAGUUUUCCCUUUUUGAGUGAUUUGUACAGGAAAACAUUUGUUGCGCUUCAUGUCCUCUCCAUAUUUCCAUUUUAAACUUGUAAAAAAAUAAACAGCCGUACAAAUUCUAAUUUGAAUUUUACAGAGUUACCUCCCUUCAAUAUCGUGUUGAUUGUCAACAAUGGGUUUGAGUUCAUCAUUGUCAGGAAUGGAAGUUUUCAUUUGUCAACAAAGCGGUUAGGCUGUUGACUGUCACGGAGAAGAGUUGGAUUGAGUUCAUUCCCUUGUUCUUAAUUGUCAACAAUGGAGUUGAGUUACAUCCUUCAAUAUUUUGUCAACUAUUAACAGUGGGAUUUCCUUUCUUUAGUAAAGUUGUCGAUUGUUAAUAAUGGGAAUGACUAACCUGCAUUCAAUAUGUUGUUUAUAAUGGACCUUGAGGUUGUGUUACCUCCCUUUCGUAUGUUUUUGAUUGAAUUGCAAAAUACUGAAGAAACAAACGGCAAAUUCACAAGGAUUUUUUCUUAUGCAAUGGGUGUGGUAUACAAGGUAUGGCAGGUUGGGAAUACUGCAUCAAAUGGGGUGUGUAAGUAUAUUUGUGAAGGCGGGUCAUUCUGUAUCCUCCAUAGAAAUGGCAGCAUUAUGUCGAUAACCGUGGUAAGCUACUGUGUUUUUUUUGCAGCACAGCAUACAUCAUACCUCACAGUUUUAAAUUCAGUUAUUUGCUGUAAACCCUUCACCUCACUGCUUUCCUAUAGAUGUAUUGACUGGGGCUUUAAGCCUAUAUAGUGUAUCCAGACAUCACAUUAUAGUACAUCACUGUGUGGUCACCUUCUCUGUCUAACUUGGCUUUGUAAAUAUUAUGAUUAAAAUCAUUAUAUUAUAUUUUAAAAUGAAUUGUGUGGGAGAGAAUAUGUUCUAUCUACGAAAAUAAAAGUGAGUUUCGGCAAACCCCAGAAAACUCAUUACAUAUACUUUGACACUUCAUCUCCUAGUUAGAGCUUUGUCCUUGGGCCUUGCAAGUAAAAACAUUGUGUGUAAGGUUGGGGAGAUUAUCACAGUACACCUAAAAACAUACUGGUUGUGAACUUUUACUUACAUACUCAUUACUACAGAAUUUAUAUGGAGUACAAAGGAGAAGAAUAUUAUUGCACUGAACCCCACUCUAUUACUGAGAUAUUCCUGUAUAUCAGAUUCUGGUCCACAUGUCAAAGAUCAUGGAUACAGACUUGGUUAUCAACAGCUUUACAUUUUGUCUCAAAAGUGAAGAUGUUUCAACAAUAAUACUUUACAUUAAUUCAUAACACAGCCCGGUGAUCAAACUACACAAAAUUUACUGCCAUUUUAGACUUUCUUAUAAAAUCUCUGUAAUUAUGUAUUUAAAAUGUUAGAAAAAAAGGUAAUGUUAGGAAAAUUUGUGUUUCUCCGUGAAGUCCAUGUUUUUCCAAGUAGUCAAAUUAUUGUUAGUACCGAGUAAUAUGAUCAGAUUUUUGCUUAUGUCUGUGUGAAUUUGAUCUAGUAUGACUAGACAGAAAUCUGCUGAUCGACACUUGUAACCACAGUAUCAUCUUGUCCUAGCUAUAGACACGAACCACUGUCCUAGACACUGGGACCACUGUGUUAGGCGCCUCUGGUACUUAAAUAUUGAGGGACACUUUGUAGAGGCCUUCUCAAAUAUUUGAUAUAAAUGUCUAUUUGUCUACUCCAAUCUAUAAAAAAUUACAUUCCUUCCAGCAUCAAAAAAAUGCUUUCUAUUUUAAUAUACAGGAUGUUAUUAAAGUACUACAAGGAAACAUUCCUGUAAACUUUACAUUUAGCAAAGAGUUGAAAAGGUUAAUAAAGUUUGUUUUAUCAUAUAUAAAAAUAAGGGGGGAGGGGGGGGGGGG